CCAAUCCUCCACAUCAUCCCCCACAUUCCCACAAGCCCUGCCCCCGUGCUUGCGCAGAAGUGACACUAAAACAAACGCCAAUUGAUAUCAUCAUAUAAAUCCACCACCCGAUGGCAGAACACGACACGAACCGGAAACGCUCCCGCUCGCCCUCGGACAGCGAGCACGAAAAGCAGCAGCACAAGCGGGCCAACACGGGCGCCGGCCUCCACUCCGAUGACAUCCCGGCCAAAGCUCAACCAACGGCGGCAGCAGCAGACACGAAGCCAGCGCCAGCUUCCCUCCCUCCCGGGCCCUCGUCCGCUGCCGUCCUGCCCAAUGACGUAACCAUGGCCGAUUCCAAAGACUUUCACGUCGACGACACCGCCGCCUCGACGCCCCACGUCCCCAACAACGACCUCCCCAAGCGCGAGGACGACAACGACGAAGCUGCCUCCUCUUCCCCGGCCGACGCGAUGGCCAACGCCGCUUCCUCCGGCCAGCCAUCGUCCUCGUCCGGCCCUCCCCCCCCUCCUCCGCCCUCCGCCCACAUCCACAUGCGCUGCCUCAUCGUCACACAGGACGCGUCCAUCAUCAUCGGCAAGGCCGGCUCACACGUCAACGAGAUCAGAGAAAAAUCAGGCGCUCGCGUCAUGGUCUCCGAGAGCAUCCCAGGCAACCCAGAGCGUAUCCUCAACGUCAGCGGCCCUCUCGACGCCGUCUCCAAGGCCUUCGGUCUCAUCGUCCGUAGGAUCAACGACGAGCCCUUCGAUGUCCCCUCCGUGCCUGGCAGCCGGGCGGUCACUAUCAAGUUCAUGAUCCCCAACUCACGCAUGGGCUCCGUCAUCGGCAAGCAAGGCUCGAAGAUCAAGGAAAUACAGGACGCCUCCGGUGCCCGUCUCAACGCCAGCGAAGGCAUGCUCCCUGGCUCUACAGAGCGCGUGCUCAGCGUCGCAGGCGUCGCCGACGCAAUCCACAUCGCAACCUACUACAUCGGCAACAUCCUCAUCGAAGCCCAAGAACGCAUGCCCUCCGCCGGAACCGCCAUGUCGAGCUAUCGUCCCUCCAACCGCUCGACCACCCGCAGCACGCCCUACGUCGGCUCCUCCUACGUCCCCGGCUACUCCAACCCCUACGUCCAGACCGCCCCUCCCGCCCCAGGCAACCCGCCCCCGCAGAUUCAGACGCAGCAGAUCUACAUCCCGAAUGAUCUCGUGGGGUGUAUCAUCGGCAAGGGCGGGAGCAAGAUCAACGAGAUCAGGCAUAUGAGUGCGAGUCAGAUUAAGAUCAUGGAGCCUGGGGCGGGUGCGGGUGGCGUGAAUCCUGCGCCGGCGCCGGGGGAGGGGGAGAGGUUGGUGGUCAUUACGGGUCCGCCGGCGAAUAUCCAGAUGGCGGUGCAGUUGUUGUAUCACCGCCUGGAGCAGGAGAAGCAGAAACAGUUGCGGGCACAGCAGGCUCCGGCUUCGUCGUAAUAUCUCCCUCCACUACUAACCCAAUGGUCCCACCCCCAAAUCGAAGUGCUCUUUUUCUUUCUCUCUCUCUGUCCUUUUGAUCAAUCAAUGCUUGCUGUCGCCCGUGCUCUGCCGACGCGUUCUUCGUUCCCCCCUACCUCACGUCACGUCUUCCUCGAAUUUUCUCGUCGUAUGUUCGUUCCCAAGUGUUUUAUAUCCUUCGUCUUCGACUCCUCCAACCGGCCCUGCUUCUUCUCGCUUCUUCCGUUUCUUGUGCUUGCCUUCAUUUCUCAUUUCUUUUGACCAAUUCGCCGUCCAAAAAUUCCUCCGAUCGAUCGACUCUUCCACGACCAUUUUCCACCCAUUCCCAUCCCCACCCAUGCUCCCUACCCCCUUGUCGCCGUCGCCCCAUGCAAUGACCCCAAUUCAUUUCUGACUUUUU